UGCCUUAAUGCAAAUGCUUCAGAAGUUUUUCAAGCCUGUAGGAUUUGUCACAAUCGCUACCUUGUUUCAUCUGUCCCCCUCCCUAGCAUUGAAGAACAAAGACCUUCCAGUGCCAGCGGGGCUGGAGCACAGCGGCAGCGUGGGCACAUGGAGAAAGACCUUAAUGCAAAGUUUAUUAUUUCAAUGGAAAAAAAUAAAACGACAAUCACAAACUUAAAGGUACCAGAGGGUGGUACUGGAGACACAGGACGAGAAAGAACUAAGACAUUCACCUAUGAUUUUUCCUAUUUCUCAGCAGACAGUAAAAGUCCCAGCUUUGUUUGUCAAGAAAUGGUUUUCAAAAAUCUUGGUACAGAUGUGCUUAAAUCUGCUUUUGAAGGUUAUAAUGCUUGUGUUUUUGCAUAUGGACAGACUGGAUCCGGGAAGUCCUACACCAUGAUGGGAAAUGCGGGUGAUGAAGGUUUAAUACCUCGAAUUUGUGAGGGAUUAUUCAGCAAAAUAAGUGAAAAAACAAAGCGGAAUGAGGCAUCCUUUCGAACAGAAGUCAGUUAUCUGGAAAUUUAUAAUGAACGUGUGAGAGAUCUUCUCAGACGAAAGUCAUCAAAAACUAAUAAUUUACGAAUACGAGAACAUCCAAAAGAAGGGCCGUAUGUUGAGGAUUUGUCUAAACAUCUAGUGCAAAAUUAUACUGAUGUAGAGGAACUUAUGGAUGCAGGAAAUAUAAAUAGAACGACGGCUGCAACUGGAAUGAAUGAUGUCAGUAGCAGGUCGCAUGCCAUUUUCACGAUCAACUUCACUCAGGCUAAAUUUGAUUCUGAAAUGCCUUGUGAAACUGUUAGCAAGAUUCAUUUGGUAGAUCUUGCUGGAAGUGAGAGAGCAGAUGCCACCGGUGCCACAGGGGUUAGAUUAAAGGAAGGAGGGAAUAUUAACAAAUCUCUAGUUACUCUGGGAAAUGUGAUUUCUGCCUUAGCUGAUUUAUCUCAGGAUGCAACAAAUCCUCUUUCAAAGAAGAAACAAGUAUUUGUGCCUUACAGGGACUCUGUGUUGACUUGGCUGUUAAAAGAUAGCCUAGGAGGAAACUCUAAAACUAUAAUGAUUGCCACUAUUUCACCUGCUGAUGUCAAUUACGGAGAAACUUUAAGUACACUUCGCUAUGCAAAUAGAGCCAAAAACAUCAUCAACAAGCCUACUAUUAAUGAGGAUCCUAAUGUCAAACUGAUCCGUGAGCUGAGAGCUGAAAUAGCCCGAUUAAAAGCCCUGCUUGCUCAAGGGAAUCAGAUCGCACUUUUGGAUUCUCCAACAGCUUUAAGUAUGGAAGAAAAGCUUCAGCAGAAUGAAGCAAGGGUACAAGAACUGACCAAAGAGUGGACAAACAAGUGGAAUGAAACGCAAGAUAUUCUGAAA